CGGAGACCCACCGCGCGAGACUGUACCGAACGCCCCUCGAGCUCAGUGACGUCACGUCCUCCGGCGGCGGUCCUGAAGUCAGUUAAGAAAGACGGACGGACUCAGUUAAAGUAGUACGGAGACAGUGGCGUUUAACGGCUCCGGGCGCGACACCGCUCAAACAAACGGGAAUAAUUUGGCUUUGGCGCGGAGCGCGAGAGGAGCGCGGGCGGCGUUCGACAGACUCUUGCCAUGGAUCGAAGACUUCUGACGGCUUUUCUCUUCUCCGCCGUUAGUUUAUUGAUCUCGGCAGCGGCGGUCCAAGAAUUUCAAGAUGACUGUCUCUCUGAAAGGUCUUACACCGAGUGUGGUUACGGUCAAGGUAAAGACGAUGACUUGGACUGGGAGCAGAUGAACACCAGACAGAAACCAUCACCAGACUCAUGGGUACCAACAGACUCGGCGUUCAUGAUGGUGAACACAUCCGGGAGGUUUUCUGGACAGAAGGCUCAGCUCUACGUCCCGCAGUUUAAAGAGAACGACACUCACUGUGUCAUAUUUCAGUAUUACGGAGCGAGUCGAGAGGGUUCGAGUCCAGGACAGCUCUUCAUCUAUGUGAAAGAGAACAACAGUCCGCUGGGUUUGCCCGUGUGGAACACAUCUGCACCGGCUCUACAGAAAUGGCAGAAGGUCGAACUGGCCAUCAGCACCUUCUGGCCAAAUUUCUAUCAGCUGGUGUUUGAAGUGGUGACGUCAGGAGAUCGUGGUUUGUUGGCCAUCAAAGGAAUCUCACGUCAGGGUCAUCAGUGCAUGUACACGCCUCAUUUCCUGCACAUUAAGGGCGUGGAGGUGAACGCCCGACAGACGGCUGUGUUUCAGUGCACCAUUAAUGGACAACCCCGAGAUCACGUCAACUACAAACUCUGGUUACAGGGUAUCGGAGGACGUGAAGCUCAUAUGAAAGACACUAAACCUGUGAACUCCAGACGUUAUACAGGCACGUUUGAUAUAGUCAACACUACCAAGGGUGACUCGGGUCGGUACCGCUGUGUCGUGCGCUCUGACCAUGGAGUGGGUGUGUCCAGUUAUGGCACGCUGGUGGUCAAACAGCCUCCAGUGCCCAUCGCUCCUCCUCAGUUGACCGCUGUGGGCGCCACCUAUCUGUGGAUUCAGCUCAACGCCAACUCCAUCAACGGUGACGGUCCCAUCAUAGAGAAAGAGGUGGAGUAUCGCACGCUGUCGGGCAGUCUGAUCGACAAUCAGCCCGUAGACAAACCCAACCAUAAGAUCGGUCACCUGGACCCCGACACAGAGUAUGAGAUCAGUGUCCUGCUCACUCGACCCAAUGAGGGCGGAACCGGAGCACCUGGACCACCGCUCAGAGCCAGAACUAAAUGUGCAGCAUUUCUCCCAACAGGAAAAUUAAAGGCGUUGAUCCCGCUGGAAAUGAAAAAGUAAAUCUCUCCCCGAGGUGAAAACCCGA